UCCCGGGGCCGGCCCUUGCGCCGUCGCCCGCCCGGCUGCUCUGUGCUGCAGUGGCCCCGGCUCGCCUCUGGGGCUCUGCAAUGCCGUAGCGGCGCGCCGGCCCCCUGCACAGCCGCAGCUCCUUCGCCCGUCUUUGCAAAGGGAAAAGGAGGCGGCAGGGUGGCUGACCCCGGCCGGCGCCCUUGCUAAAAGCAGCCCCUUCCUAAUAAAGCCAUGGGGCCGGGACGCCGCUCUGCCCCGCGUCUCCUCGCCCUAUAAAUACGCGCCCUGCAAGGAAAACAAGCUUUGGGUGGCUGCUGCUGCCCCGGACUGCCAGCCGGCCGGCAGGACCUCCCCGCCAGCCCUCCCCAAGCAGCGGCGGCGGCGGCGGCGGCAGGGAAGCCAGCGAAGGAGCCGAGGAGCAGCCGCUCUCCCCCGACCUCACCGAGAUGCCCCGCGUAGACGCAGACCUCAAACUGGACUUUAAAGAUGUCCUGCUCAGACCUAAACGCAGCAGCCUCAGAAGCAGAGCCGAGGUAGACCUUGUGCGUACCUUCACAUUCCGUAACUCCAAGCAGACUUACACAGGGAUUCCUAUUAUAGUGGCAAACAUGGAUUCUGUGGCCACUUUUGAAAUGGCCCUGGUUAUGACUAAGCAUGCAAUGUUUACUGCCAUACACAAGCAUUACUCUCUGGAAGAGUGGAAGCUGUUCGCAAGCAGUCAUCCAGAAUGCCUUGAGCAUGUAGCUGUAAGCUCCGGCAGUGGCACGGCUGACUUUGAGAAACUGACAAAGGUCAUAGAGGCCAUUCCACUGAUCAAGUACAUUUGUUUGGAUGUGGCCAAUGGUUAUUCAGAACACUUUGUGGAGUUUGUGAAAUCUGUCCAUACCAGAUUCCCAAAUCACACUAUCAUGGCAGGUAACGUCGUGACAGGAGAGAUGGUGGAAGAACUUAUUCUGUCAGGAGCAGAUAUUAUUAAAGUGGGGAUUGGACCAGGAUCCGUGUGCACCACUCGGAUUAAAACUGGGGUGGGCUACCCACAGCUGAGUGCGGUGAUUGAGUGCGCAGAUUCCGCCCAUGGGCUGAAGGGGCACAUCAUUUCCGAUGGGGGUUGCAGCUGCCCUGGAGAUGUUGCCAAAGCUUUUGGAGCCGGGGCUGAUUUUGUGAUGCUUGGAGGAAUGUUUGCCGGGCACGAUCAGUGUGCUGGAGAGGUCAUCGAGAGAAAUGGCAAGAAAGUGAAGCUUUUCUAUGGGAUGAGCUCAGACACGGCUAUGAAGAAGCAUGCAGGAGGCGUUGCCGAGUACAGAGCUUCUGAAGGCAAAACAGUAGAAGUGCCGUACAGAGGGGAUGUAGAGGACACUAUCCGCGAUAUCCUCGGAGGCCUGCGCUCGACCUGCACUUACGUGGGAGCCGCCAAACUGAAGGAGCUCAGUCGAAGAACGACAUUUAUUCGGGUAACUCAGCAGCACAGCGAAGUCUUUUCCUAGCCACGGAAGGAGAAGGUGAACGCGUUGAGAUCGGCCAGAACCGCCGGCUCCUCCUUUUUCUUUAAUUUGCAAUACAGCUUCCUGCUGGCUUGCUCCAAGCUAGGAAAGAAACCGGGACGACCGCUACCAGAGUCGAUUGAAGCAGUCGGGUAAGGAGGACAAGCCGUACAUGUCAGCAAUGCCCAUGAUUAUUUUUUGUUUGGUUCAAGAUAAAAGAGAACACAUCUUUUUUUUUUUACAGCCUUGCCCAUUUAAAAGAUAAAUCUAGUUUAAUCUUUUAAUGAUAAUCCAAGAAAGCUCACCUAAGAUUGCAGAUGCGUAAUGUAUCAGUCUUGCUGGAAUGAUCCCUAUUCCCAAGUGCCGAGUGAGCUCAGCUGAAGCUUUUCUUGCCAAACAGCCAUUUACUGCUGCUCUUGCAAUGUGUGGUGUAGAAGUCAGGAAGACAAGAGGGCAACUUUCCAAACUAGAAGACGCUUGCAUGGCUGUUGAUCUAGCACGUCAGCUGUGCGGCUCUAGAACUCGAAGCUGCUGUUUUAUUUUCACUGUGACAUCAAGUACUGGAUUUUUAAUGUGCACUGAUAUAUAAAUGUUCCUAAGAUUGUUGAUUAAAUCGUUAUAUUUUC